CUGUAACAUAACCUAACAAAAAUGUAAUUUCGUUAAGUGUAAGUCCAGUAAAAUAGCCCGUAGUUUUGUUAUAAUUUAGCUUUAAUUAAGUUAUGAUAGUUAUUUACACACGGCACUGUGAUAAAAAGAGCCCUCAGGUUUCUCUAACUCGUAAAUAAACUAUACUUAUAUGCUAGGUACAUUUGAUAGAUACCUUGUAAAUAAUGGAGUUACCUCAAGUCUAUCAAGAAUUAGUUAGUGAUGUAGUAGUAAGCUGUUUUCCAAUGUUCUCGGAGAGUGGCUUCCAACCUGAGAUUUUAAUGCAACUAGAGCAGCUAUGGUUAAGAAAAUUGAUGAAGAAUGGAAAUAAUUAUGUUGAUCUCGAUAGAAUUUUGCUUGAGAAAGCCCCAUCUACAGUAAAGAAAAGGAAGAGAAGUACCCUAACCUCGACUCCAACUGUGAAGAAAAAGACUGUUAUUAGGUACAGUUGUAAACCCCUCCUCAAGGUAACUAAUAGAAGUAUGCCCGAAAUCGGGUUCCAUGAAAGAAAGUCGGCCAUGUUUGAUUCCCGAAAGAGAAGUUUGCAUACUCACUCUACCAAUGGGGUGAUUGCAACUGGAGAAGAUUUGUCUACUACUAAUGGUGUCAUCAGACACGGUUCUCAUAAACGACAAGGAAGGAGUACAAAUUUAUCAACAGGAAAGAAAAGAAAGGGUAAAAAGCAACAUAACUCGCCUCGAGCAACUUUGAAAAAUAGAAGAUCUGUACUUCCAGACAAUAGUGAAAAUGAAUCAGUACCUCCACCUGCGCCCUUAGGAAUAAAGCCUGCUGGAGAGGAAGCUGAUGUUAGCUUAACGGCAUCAAGGAGUGAUGUUCCGGGUCCAGAAAAGACUGAAUCAUUACCUGAACAUUUGAGAACAUCAAAUGGAGAGGAAGUGUGUGUGAGCUCAGUACCAUUAAGGAAUGGUGUUCAACGUAAAAGAAGAAUAAAGAAGGCGACUAUUCCAACUGAUGGAAUCCCAUAUAAUAGAAAGUUAAGAUCUGGGGGUCUGUGCAACCUAGAUUUACAAUGGCUUCGCACUCCUCGUCGGCGUAAGAAUACGCAGCAUGUUAAACCACAGACUCCGUGUGAGUUGAAUUGUCCAUCAGACAGUUGUACUGUUAGUAGGAGUAAAGAGGUUAUUAAGCAAAGUAAUAUACAUGAAAUAGAUAAAAGUGUUCAACCUGAUUCACUGGUUCCAAAUUUUAGUUGGACUCGCAUUCUAAAUGACGCUCAAACAAAGACAGGUACAGAAACGUCACAUGAAAUGAGUGUGGUCGCUUUGUUACCUACACAGGCAGAAAAAGAUAGCCAGAUUUCAGCAGAAAAUACCAAGGAAAAUACAAACCAAGUCACCAAAAUUGGCAGUCAAAAACGUAAAAAGAGAAGACGAUUGACGUAUGGGCUGAAGGAGUUGGGAAAUGAUUCAGGACAGCAUAGUGGCUUACGAUUAAGAAGUGGGGCGUUGUAUAAGACACAUACUAGACCUCAAAUGCGUAGAAAAAAAUUAAAUGAACAACUCAAUAUAGAUGGCCAAUGUGAUAUUUCUAAUAAACUAGAUUUGAACUGUGACAUUCAAGAAACGGAUUUUAUCACUACCCCUAAAGAGUUGGGUAAUACAAACAGAGACGAACAAUGCGACAAUUUGACUGAGAGUCGAUGUAAGGAGGUGCUUGCAUCAGAUCAAACAAAAGAACAAAUUGCAGUAAAUACCCACGAUUUAGGCGUUUUUUUGAACGGUACACCUGAAACUACCAAUUGCUGUGAUAGGUAUGUAAGUUCAGAAUUGAAGAGAGAUGGCAACUUCCAAUUGUUAUGUCGUUCGAAGUCUAUUCGUGUGAGAGACUAUUUAUCUGAGGUAAACAGAAGGUUGGAAAAUAAUUCCUUCGAGACUUCAGACUUAUGCCAAAAUCUUCCUACAUCAGUACCUAGGCAGCUUAAGGUAGUUGAUGAAGGGGAAAGGUCUACUAGGACUAAUGGGAAUUUUCCGAGAGUGAAUCGUGGAAAAUUGAGAUAUAAUGGUGCCAGGUUUAAUCGGAAACAAUUAACUCGCCGUAGGAGUAGUGGAGGGUCUUGCAGUUAUUUGGUAAACGCUGGAUCUAACAGGCGUGCCAUUAAAUUGGUUAGGAACAGUCUUGGUGCCACAGUGAGAAAUCUUGCAUUAGAGAAGAAAACAAAACAUUUGAAUGAAAGCGAGGUUCAGUUAAGUACCAAAGAAGAAGUUGUUCUAAAUGGAAAUGGCAGUUUAGCAAUGGCUAACUGUGAGGAAUUUGCCUCCAUUUUGAACUUAGGUGAACACACCUCCACCCAGUUGUGUCGAGCCAAGCCAAUUCGUUUAAGAAGAGACUAUAAGCUACUUAAAAAUGACCGAAUUAUCACCACAAACAGAGUCAAUAAUUUGAUUACAAUUCAUGUGCCACAGGUAUCAAAUUCGACCACAACACAGAUCGAUUUAUGUGGCACCGAACAGAAUUCUGUCCUACCAACCACCGAUUUAGUCCCUGAACCCAAAGAUAUCCAGGAAGAACUGGACAGUGGUACACAAAUCAUUAAGCGUAAUCAGAAUGGUCACGACAUAGAUCUUCCUCUUGAAGUGGAGAGAUAUAGUUACAAGUAUGAAAAUCCUUACGCAAAUCGAACAGACAUCUCGAAGUGUAAGAGAGUAAAAAUUGCGUUGCCACCCCGCGAUGGGUUUACCAAGGAUGAACUUACGUGCAUAAUUAAAGUGCCACCAUGGGCACUUCAAGGCUCCAAGUGGACCAAACUUUUGACUCCAAUCAUAAGAAGAAUAGAUAGUGACAACCUGCCAAUAGUUGAUGCAACAUCGUUGUUACAGGAUUAUAUCAAUAACUAUGAACAACCAGUGCUUCAAGUGGACGGAGUUGGUGCGAGAUUUAUACUUAAAUCAAGUACGAAGUAUAGUUCUACACAACCAAUUAAGACUGUGCGGUAUAACUCCGAUAUUGACUCUAAUGAUGAUGUGACUGAUGAGGAAGAUGUAUGCUCAGCUUUUCAAGCAAAGAAUUUUAUCUGGUGUCAAUUUGUCAACAUUAAACACCAUAAAAAUGUGUGGCGGUUGAAUUUAAAACAUGGUGCCAUGUACUUAAAUGGUAAAGAAUACUUCUUUAAUUCAGCAAAAGGUGUUGUCACAUGGUAACGUAAUCCUUUUGUAUUUUAUUUCUUUGGUAAUUAGAGGUCAGUCUGUUCCUAUUUCGUUUAAGUUGAAAUGGUAAACAAAGUUAAGUUACUUAUAGAUUCCUGUUUUGUUGCUAUAGUAGAAUCGCAGUAUUAUAUUAUGUUAAGUUACCAUGUAUAUUUGUUAUUUCGUUUGUUUUUUGUGUGAUAGCGUUAAGUUAACUUGAAACAAGGAACUUUCUCCUAUUAUGCAAUAUGAAUGUGGCUGUGGAAUUGACUAUUAAGUAAUAACUUGAAUUGUUCAUUUGUUUUGUUUUAGCUUUAGAGUAAACAUAUUUUUGUAUUGCAGAAGCCUGUUGUUUUGUUUAGCCCAUGUUGGGCACCAGUAAUUAUUUUAUAUAGAACCUAAAUAAAAGACAUUUAAAACAGA